UGAUGUCAUAAGUACUCAUUAAAUUCUAACCUAUUUUAUUGAAACUGAACAAGUAAGUAUGCUCAAUUUGGCAACACAACAACUUCAUACUUCUGGUGGCGCUAAAGACCAAAAUCAAAUUUUCUGAAGCUGAUAUCUGUGCUACUGAGUACUAUCCGAAAGCAAAUUAAAUGAAGAAAUGGCUUCUGUCGAACAUUCUACUCAUAAAAGUUUGAAGCAAAAUAAAACUGCUUUCAAGCGUUCUCCACUUGCACCUUUACAGUGGAAAUCACUGGAUCAUAAUUUACCUCGCCAUAACAAAAAAUUGACUGGGUCUUUAUAUUAUUCUCCUAUUGAAUGCCGGAACGUGCGUCGUAAGAGAGCAGAACAGUUUGGCCUCACACCACCUGUAGAUCCUUUUCUACAUGAUCAGUCUUUUCCUGGCAUACAAAAACACCCAGAAAAUGGGAUUUCUUGUGUUGAGAUGGGCGAGUCUCGUAAAUGCACCAUCGACAAAUUCAAAGGUGAUUCUCUAGAUUCUGUAAGCUUCAAGCCAUCAAGAAGCUCAUUUCUCAAAAAAAGUGAAACUUUCCAUAGUCGUCGCUUGAGUGGUAGCUGGUUACUUUAUAAAUAUAUAGAAGGAGGUGCAAGUAAUAGCUUAGACGCAUCUGUGCGAAAUCCAAAUAAAGUAGUGGUCACCAUCGAUGCCCGCACAACAGAAAUUUUGACUGCCAAUAAAGUAGCAUCAUAUCUACUUGGUAUUAAAGAAAAAACUGUGAACAAAACAAGAUUGUGUGAUUUCAUACUUUCACGAGAAGAUCAGUGCUUUUUCACAGAAACUGAUUUAGAACCUUCUGGGGAAUUAGUUCUUUUUUCUGGAAAAGUGAUGGAUCUUGUUUCUCCAACAAAAGAAACGAUUCCUGUGUCUGUAUGGGCUAGGCAACUGUAUACUGAUGAAGAUCCUCGUUGCUUAGUUGUCAUGGAACCUGUUGAACGUGUUACAGGGCUAGUUAAAUUUGAUUUGUUGGGAAGGAUAAUAAACUGUGAUCAAAGUUUUGCUACACUUUAUGGAUAUCUUGAACCUGAAAGUAUGAAAGACCUGGAUAUAAAAGAUUUAAUUCCUUCUAUAGAACUUGAUCCUGAAAAUAAUCAUGGAGAAUUAGUGCCAAAGGAAGGUAUUAAGCUGUGUGCUACUGGCAAGAUGAAAGAUGGAUCACAUUUUCCUCUGAGCAUUAAGAUUAGGCCCUGCACAAGAAGUUAUGGCACAUUAAUGAAAGAACAAAAACAAGGAGAACGAACUGAAUCAAAAGAUAUCACAUAUGAAGGUACAGUGUGGGUUUUCAAUAAUAUAAGUGGCAUGAUCACCUUGCUUCCUGAUGGAACAAUCCACAGUUGUAACACAAAUUUUUCUCUCAUUCUUUUUGGCUACUCUCAGAAUGAACUUGUCGGGAAGAAUAUAUCAUUUCUAAUACCAUCAUUUUAUGAAGAUUUAGAAUUUCUUGACACUGAUUCAAUGGCAUUACCUCCUUUUGAUGAUGAUGAUGACUCAAAUGCUAAGUGUUGUUGUGCAUCAGAUGGAAGAACUACUGCUGACUCUAUUGGAACUGACCCUCCAAGGCCAAUGAACCCUUUGGGUAAACAUAUUGAAUUGUUAGUGGAUGAUGCUGUAGAAAGCAUGCAAAAUCUAGCAUUCAGUCCUUCUCCAAGUGAAAACCAAGUUCCAUUUUACUGUAGUGAGCUGUCACCAUUGAGCAAAGAAACUUCACCUUUUAGCGCUUCUAAACUGCCAAAUUCAAAGUCUAGUGAAAAAAUGGCUGGAGGAGAUUAUGCAAGGAAUGAAGAACUUUCAGAAUCUUCUCAAUACGAAAAUAGUUCAAAACAUCUGUCAUACAGUGAAUCUCAGGACACUCUUCACUCAUGUACUGAUAGCAUCACAGAAUCAGAUGUUAAUGCUAAUGUUCUUGAAUUAUCUGAAUAUGAAGAAUGUCCUAAAAGUGUUAGCGCCUCUAAAAUUCCUCGUGAAAAACUAGAUAAGGAAUGUGAUGAUUGUGCAAGUUAUUUUAGUGACUCUUCUGAUAGUGAAGAAAGUUAUUCUUCCCUUGCUGAAGAUUUUAAUAUUCAAAAUACCAGACUGGACAGUUUAUCACAUGAAAGUGUCAAUGGUUUUCCAACACAUGCAGCUAAUUCUCUUGAAAGUAAAGUUAGCACAUGUGAAAUGCAAGACAGCCCAGUGAAUUCUAGAUAUUCAGAAUUCAAUUCAAACUGUAUCCCUUUUUCCAUGAAAGUGUCUACUCCGAAAGAACAAUAUCGGACAACUUCGGUACCCAUAAACGAUGAUUCUUAUCAGAGUCUUCCUGAAGGUGGAUUUUAUGGUAUAGGUCGUCACAAAGACGGUUCUGACUUAGCUAUCGAAUACUAUAUAAAGAAAAUAGUUCUUGAUGAUGGUAAGAUUCUGUACUGUUUAUGGGUAUCACGGGAUCCUGAAGAAUACAAAGAAUGUUCUCCAGCACCAAAUUAUACUAUGAACCAUUCUGAGACAAACAAGAUGAAUCGAACCAGAACUGAGGAAAGUGAAACAACUAGUAGCAGCUGCAGCUCUAUUGUCUCUGAUUCAUUUUAUACUGCUGGCAAUUUUUCUGAUAAUUACACUGUUUUGGAACAAAUUGGCAAAGGAGCAUUUGGCUGUGUCAAAAAAGCAUAUCGUAAUACUGAUGGCCUCUUGGUUAUUACAAAGUUUAUCAGAAAAUCAGAAGUCUAUAAAGAAUUAUGGGUAUAUGACAAUAAACAAAAUCGAAAAGUGCCUCUGGAAAUAAGUCUUUUAACUACCAUUCAGCAUCCUAAUAUAGUUAAAGUGCUUGAUGUUUUUGAAAAUGAUAAUUGUUUCCAAAUGGUGAUGGAAAAACAUGGCUCUGGAAUGGAUUUAUUUGAAUUCAUUGAACGUGACCCAAACAUGGAUGAACCUUUAGCUAGUUACAUAUUUAGGCAGGUUGUUUCUGCUUUAAAUUAUUUACAUAAUUUGUUUAUUCUUCACCGAGACAUUAAAGAUGAAAACAUUAUUUUGGAUGAAAACUUUCAUGUAAAACUGAUUGAUUUCGGUUCUGCAACAUUUAUGGGAGAACAAUUAUUUUCCACUUUUUGUGGUACUAUGGAGUAUUGCAGCCCUGAAGUGAUACAAGGAAAUAAGUAUCGAGGACCUGAACUUGAAAUGUGGUCACUUGGUGUAACACUUUAUACUCUUAUCUUUGGAGAAAAUCCUUUUAUUGAUGUUGAUGAAACUCUCAAGGGAGAAUUUGUUAUGCCUCAUGAAGUAUCUAAAGAUCUUUCAAAUUUAAUUCAUCAUUUACUGGAACUAGACCCUGUAAAAAGGUGUACUUUGAUGGAAGUUGUGCUACAUCCUUGGGUUAACCAAUCUGUUAAUUUAGACAAUUACAAGUUUCCUGAGGUUGUCAAUGCAAGUGCAGAUGAAAUAAAUCCUCCCAAAUAUGUAGGGUUUUUUGAAGAAGAGAAUCUUGUGCUCGAUAGUACUUACUCUGACAGUUCCACUGAAAUGAAGAAACCUACUUGUGUUGAGCAGGCAACUCAACCAUGUUCCUCAACCGAAAGUGAAAUAGACAGUCUGUCAUGAACAUUUUAAAGGAAGCCUUGUGAUAAUAAUGCUUAUAAAAUUCAUUUAACUUGUAAUUUAUUAUUCUGAUGUAAAUUCUGUUACUUAUAUAUGAAAAAGCUGCAAACAGUGUUAAAAUAAAUUUAAUAUUUUAUAAAAAAAAUUAAGGGUAAUUAAAUUAUAUGUAGUUUGCUCCUUCUACUGUAAUUAUCAAUAUACUGGAAACUGUUAUGCAUUAAAAUUAAUACUGUUUACUGUCACUUCCUUCCUUGUGCCAAAGAGGCAGCCUUAUUGAGAAAAUUCUUAUGUUUAUGUAACUAAUAAUUUUUAACUGUAAGUUACAUAUGUUAAAAAUUAUAAUCAUAAUUUAUUUCAUCUCAUAAGAAUAGUUUUGCAAUCAUAUGAGUCAUAUUUAUCAUGUAUUUUUUUUCUUCAUGUAUCAUGUUUCUUCUGUGUUGUACCUAAAACCAAAGAAUAUCACAUUAGUGUCUUAACUCCCUGCUCAAACACCAUAGCCUUUAUCAAGUGAAGCUUAUGUAUAUAUUAUGCAUAUAUUUUUGGUGUCUGCAGAUAGAAAAAUUUUAAUGCUUUUCCCAUGCAUUCAUGUAAAAUCAUUACAGAUACCACAGGUUAUUAGUAUUCCUGUGAGGAAAUAUUUGUGCUUCCAUUUCAUUUUGUAUGUGUAAUAGCUUUGUGUUCGCUUUUGCUUACAUUUAUCAUAUCAAAAUCUUUAAGAAAAAAUGUCUUAUAACUCAAGUUAUAAUAUUUUAUUGUAUACAUUGCCAAUAAACUUAUUUAUUAUUUUAA